AUGUCUUCUACACCAUUCUCUUGCGCCGUCCACCUUUACGAGUCCCCGACGUCUCAUGCCAGCGCCUACGAGAUCGGUCCAUCUGCAGCUUCGAACGCCAUACUUUUCAUAGGAGGCCUCGGCGAUGGCCCACAUACCGUCUUGUAUACCCAAUCUCUUGCUAAGCACCUGAAGAGCACGGGACAGGACUGGUCCGUUUUUGAAAUCCGGAUGAGAAGCUCAUUUUCGGGCUACGGGUACUCGAGUCUGAAGAACGAUGUCGAGGAUAUAUCGGCUCUCGUAAGAUACCUACGAGGCAUCGGCAAGAAGAAGAUUGUUCUCAUGGGUCACUCAACUGGAUGCCAAGACUGCGCGCAGUAUACCAAGCACAAGGAGGACCCUGUUGAUGGCUUCAUUCUCCAAGGUCCUGUUUCUGAUCGAGAGAGCAUCGCCGACUCUGUCGAUCAUGAGUGGUUGAAGAAUAGCCUGGAAUACGCAGAGAAGUUGAUCGACGAGGGGAAAGAGUGCGAGGCGAUGCCCAGAGAUCAGUUACCAUCUUUCUUCCAGACACCCAUGACAGCAUACCGCUGGCACUCCCUGGCAGCCAAAGGGCAAUCGUUUGUAUCCGAGGUCUGGAACAGGUUCCAGCAACCCGUCAUGGCUUUACAAUCAGCCGAGGACGAGUUCGUCCCAGAUAAGAUCGACAAGCAAGCUCUCGUAGACUCGUGGAAGAAGAUCAGCCCCAAAGUCCAUGAGUUGUCUGGCCUGAUACCCGGAGCAAGCCACACGGUGAAAAAGCCGGAAUCCCAGCAGUGGUUGGCUGAGCGGGUGGUUCAGUUCCUCAAUCAGGUAUGA